UCCAGUAUUUUUGUUUGUUUUGUUGUAUUGACCUGGUCGUCUGAUGAAAAUGAUAAGCCGAAACACCAGAAAUGUCCUGGUUGUAUCUGUCGGAUUUUUACUGUUGUUCACAGCAUACGGGGGACUGCAGAGUUUACAGAGCAGUCUGAAUGCCGAGGAUGGAAUGGGUGUGAUAUCACUCAGCGUGGUCUACGGAGCCCUCAUUUUGUCCUCGAUGUUUCUUCCACCCAUUCUUAUCAAAAACCUGGGCUGCAAAUGGACCAUUGUGGCUUCGAUGGGUUGCUAUGUGACCUAUUCAUUUGGAAACCUUGCUCCAGGAUGGGCUAGUCUGCUCAUCACCUCAGCGAUUCUGGGUUUAGGAGGCUCCCCGCUAUGGUCUGCCAAAUGUACCUACCUGACAAUCAGUGGAAAUCAGCAGGCUGAAAAAGAAAAAAAGAAAGGCCAAGACAUCAUCAACCAGUAUUUUGGCAUCUUCUUCUUCAUAUUACAGUCUUCAGCAGUCUGGGGAAACCUCAUGUCCUCCCUCAUCUUUGGUCAAGAUAGGACUCUGGUUGAAAUCCCUGAGGAGGAUCUGCAGUACUGUGGAGCACGUCUGUGCAUAGAAAAUUUCACCACUGCAGGAAACUCGACAAGGCCAGCAAAGUCGCUGGUGAACAUCCUACUUGGCUGUUACAUUGGUGUGGGGCUGUUGGCUAUCAUUCUGGUGGCUGUGUUUCUUGAAGACAUUGACAAAGCCCAGGCACGUGAAUUUCGGCGAAACAAGGGCAACCUGUUGUUCUGGGGCACGUUUCUGGAGACAUUUAAACUCUUGCGAGACAAGCGUCUGAUCAUGCUCAUUCCAUUGACCAUGUACAGUGGAUUUGAGCAGAGUUUUCUGGCGGGUGAAUACACAAAGAACUAUGUGACCUGUGCACUGGGAAUCCAAUAUGUUGGCUUUGUCAUGAUUUGCUUCGGAGCAACAAAUUCGGUCUGCUCUUACACGUUUGGGAGGUUGGCUGAGUACACUGGGAGAAUAGCUCUCUUUUCACUGGCGGCUGUGGCUAAUCUGGCCUGUAUACUGGCUUUGUUCUUCUGGAGACCUCAUCCAGACCAGUUGCCUGUUUUCUUUGUGUUUCCUGCUCUGUGGGGAAUGGCCGACGCUAUAUGGCAGACACAAACCAAUGCGCUGUAUGGUGUACUCUUCCCCAAAGACAAAGAGGCGGCUUUUGCCAACUACCGAAUGUGGGAAUCGCUGGGUUUUGUGAUAGCCUUUGCCUACAGCACAUUCAUCUGUCUGUCUACCAAGCUGUGCAUCCUCCUCGCUGUCCUGGUUCUUAACGUGCUAACAUACCUGUGGGUGGAGUACAAUGAGUAUAAGCAUCCAACACCAGCGGUCGUCUACGCCACUCCUCCGGCAGAGGAAAAAAGCUAUGAGACAAAAAUCAUCUCUCAAACACAUUUGUGAAGACAGGCCACUGUAUUGUGACCAAAUCCACUGGACGGAAUGCACAGAGACUCUAAGACUGCAUGUGUAUGUUCUGUCCUUCUGUAAUGAAAUGAUUUCACAUUAAGAGUUCCAGUGGAUUACUUCAGCUUUGCACAGACUUCCAUGCUUGUUCUAGGAAGAAAAAUGUGCAAGUCAUUAUGAGAGAAAUGCAAAAAUGAUAGAGCUUCUCGGUUUAUUCUUUCAUGUAC